AUGAACAUCCGCUAUAUUUCACUUGUUAGCGUGUUUGCAUUAACUACUAGAGCGUUUUGGCGGCCUCCUUGCUACUCUCGAUUGGGGGUUUUUCGAAUUGAUCUAAUCGUCUCGGAAGGGCUCCCUUCCCAACAUGCACACACGCUUCAUGGAGCACAGAACUUAGAUUUCUCGUCGUCCUACGAUAGCCUUGUUCAGUCUAAGUGCACGACAUGUGCAGUGCUUGAAGACAUGUCUGCUUACUGGACGCCACCACUUAUGUUUUUGCAUACAAACGGUACUGUAGAGAUUGUUCCACAAAUCGGUGGUAUGCUUAUGUCAGUAUUAAAAAUAAAAUUUAAAAUCUCAUACUAA